UGCAGAGGGAGUCUGUUAUACUGUUUUAUCUGCGUGCCCAAAACGAAGACUGAAGAACGGGAUAAACAACAUUAACAAGCAUUUACUCAAGCUGUGUCACUUCCUGGUUUUAUUCGCCGAAGAAAACACCACAAACGAGAUACUCGGUAGGAGGGGAAAUUGGAGAUGGCUGAUCUGUCGCUUUAUUUAACAAAUAUCAACGUUUCCUUGGGACAAAAAAUGGAUGGCAAUAAGAAUGCUGGGAAAGACUUUGAAAGUGUGGAACUAGGGGAGAUUGGAAAGGAGAAGCAGCAGAAGGUGCCACGGCGGAUUAUUCACUUUGCCAGCGGAGACACCAUGGAAGAGUACAGCACGGAUGAAGAACAGGAGCCGGAGAAAAAAGAAAUGCUGCCUGCAGUCGAUCCAUCAAAGCUGACUUGGAGACCAUACCUCUUUUUCCACAUGUGGAGGGCAGCCACUACCACGAUAUCAGUGUGUGACUUUCUUGGAGAAAAAAUUGACUCACUGUUUGGAAUAAGUACACCUAAAUACCAGUAUGCCAUUGAUGAGUACUACAGGAUGAAGAAGGAGGAUGAAGAAGAGGAGGAGGAGAACCGCAUGUCUGAGGAGGCAGAGCGUAAUUUCCAGGAGCAGCAGAGCCAGGAAAGUCCAGAACCGCACACUGAACAGCCAGAGGGAUCUGCUUCAUUUGUUAAUGUCACUUUCGAGCUGGAAAACGAUCCCUGUGCAAGUCCGGAGAACAGCAGAGUUCCAGCACCCAUUCCCACAUAACAGUACAACCAUUUAAAAAAACUGAAUCGAAUCCUUUGCAAAAGUUUUCAGUUCUUAUUUUGUUUUUCUUGCCAUUAACAUCUCCCUCGUGAAAUAUACAAUAUUGCAAAGUUUUUAGAUAGUCUUACCACAUACAUCUCAGAUCCAUACAUAUGUUUUAUAUUCCCAGUGAUAUUUAUACAAUAAGCCUAUGGAGGUUUAAAAAAAAAAAUGACUACCAAGUAUAGUUGGUAGAAUAUAUUAACAGUAACAUAGUAAAGCCUGAAAUUUAAUUUGAAGACCUGCCUCCUGCAUCUAGUUCUAAUGCUUCCAGAGGGAGGUUUCACAGCAAUGUUAGAAACAUUGGGGCAUCUUGCUAUUGCAAUGUAUAUGUAACCAUUUGCAUCAACACAAUUGGUUGUAAAGUGCUUUAACAGGAUCAUUCACUUAAGUUUUAACAGAAUAUCUGAUUGUCAUUUACAAAUGUUAAUUUAUAAAUAGCAACUAUAAUAACACACAAAUGCCAGGUUUUUUUUUUAUGUAAGGGAUACAUCUGGUAUUGCUACAUAUUAUUUAUCUAUCUAUUUAUCUCUCCCCUAAUAAGACGGCAGUAUACCUCACCCAUACAAACUGUUUUCUUGCACAGAAUUACAUGUGCGUUUAAGGGAAUUAGAUUGACGUCAUUUUUCACAGCAAUGAAAAUUAAAUAUAUAGAAUAUUUGCAAAACUUUUGCAACCGAUUCUUGGAAAAUGAAGUGCAUGCCUUUAAUUGCAACUUUUCAUGAAGUAUUUAACUACAAAAUAACAACAAAAAAAACAACCUAAAAGUAACACACUGUGGAAUCAGUGUUGCACUUUUUAUUUGAAUCCACCACGUAGAUACCUUUUUCUAUAAAUCAGUUUUCUAAUUUAUUUAUGCAAAUGUUUAAAAAGGGGAAGGAUUUUAUAAUUAAUUGAGCAAAAAAUGUUUUGCAUUUUAUUUUGUAUAUAAUACAGCUUAAUAAACUUUAUUAAUCAGA